AUGAAUUAUAUUUUGUUUUUAUAAGAUAGAGAUAAUAAAAAAUAUUUAAACGUUUUAAAUUCAGUUCUCAUAUGGCUAAAUGAAGUAUAAGUCUAAAUUGAUGCUUUACUUUUAAAGGAUGAAUACUUAAUUCCUCUGCUGCAAUUAAAUUACAAAAGAUACUUUGAAUCUUAUUUAAUGAUGUCUAAAAUCUACUUAAAGGGAAAAAUCAUUAUCAUGGAGAAAUCUUUACUAAUUUUAUUGCCCAAAAAGGAUAACAGGGAAUUAAUUACUGAAUUAGGAGAAACAGGAUAGAUGGUUGGAGGAAUCAAUUGA